UAAUAAGUGCUUUGCCCUCGUAAAAUAUUAUAUUCAAUAAAUUUUGUUCAAAAACUGCUUUAUUCUUUUAUAUUAGUGUUGUAGUUGUUAUUUAUAUUAUCAUUUUCACGAAACGACAACGAGACUUACAUAAUGACGAACAUUGAUCCUGAAGAAAUAUAUACAUUGCACGAGAAGCUUGGCACUGGCUCUUUCGGAACAGUUUAUAAAGCCAUAAAUAAAGAAACGAACCAAGUAGUGGCUAUUAAGCAAAUCGAUUUAGAAGAUUCUGAUGAUGAUAUUAGCGAAAUUCAACAGGAAAUUGCCUUACUAUCGCAAUGUGAUUCAUCAUAUAUCACUCGUUAUUACGGCUCGUUUGUCAAAGGAUUUAAAUUAUGGAUAGUAAUGGAAUAUUUAGCCGGCGGAUCAUGUCUAGAUUUGCUUAAACCCGGCCCGUUUGAUGAACAACAUAUUGCCAUAAUUUUAAGAGAGCUUUUAUAUGGUUUGGAAUAUUUACAUAUUGAAGGGAAAAUUCACAGAGAUAUUAAAGCCGCCAAUAUUCUACUUUCUGAUAAGGGAGAAGUCAAAAUAGCCGAUUUUGGUGUUGCUGCACAACUUUCUAAUAAUAAGAGUAGGAGAAACACUUUUGUCGGAACUCCCUUCUGGAUGGCACCUGAAGUAAUCCGACAAGCAGGCUAUGAUCAUAAGGCUGACAUAUGGUCUCUAGGAAUAACGGCUAUUGAAAUGGCCAAGGGAGAGCCGCCAUUGUCCGAGUAUCAUCCGAUGCGUGUUCUUUUUCUUAUACCCAAAGCCAAACCUCCAGUUUUGGAAGGCAAUUUUACUUCUACAUUUAAGGAUUUUGUUCAUUUAUGUUUGACAAAGAAUCCUCUCGAUCGACCUACUGCGAAAGAAUUAUUGCGCCAUCGAUUUAUUAAGUCAGCUCGCCCUACUGUGUCAUUACAAGAGCUUGUCGAACGAUAUAAAGUUUGGAAAUCUAGUGGUCCACAAAGAGCUGCUUCUGUUUUCCAGAAAACUCUAACGGUUAAUAAUAAUACUUCAGAAUUUAUUUGGGAUUUCGAAACUAUCAAACAAGCAGCAAAAAAUGGCACUAUUAAAGUAGAAGCCAAUAAGGAUGGUAUUAUUAAAAUAGAAACUAAGAAGGAUGGAGUUAUCAAAUUGGAGACAAACAAGGAUGGUACUAUCAUAAUGGAUCCAGCAACAAUAAGAAAGCUGAAAAAUGCAAAUUCUCUAUCGAAUAAUUCUACGGUUAAAGCUUCAGAUUUUACUAAUCGGGGAAAUUUAGAAGAUUUAGCAAAUUCGAAUGCUAAUGGCACAAUGAUUCAAAACCUUACAGUUGAUUCGCUUUAUAUGAACGGAAAUGGAUUGGAUACUGUAAGAGCGCCAAGACCCUUUAGUGCAGCAAGUACAUCAUCAAGUAGUGCAUCUAUUUUAUAUUCAAGUUUUUCCAGAAAUGUUGAUAUUGCAGCACCUGUAACUGAGGAAGGAAUUGUCGGAAGACAACUUGUUAAUGAAAUCGUUCUACCGUCAAUUUCACAGAUUAAGUCAAGAGAAUUAAGAGCAAAUGAAAUUGAAGCUUUAGGUACACUUGAAAAGGGAAUCGAAGAUUUAGAUCGUGCUAAUCCAGAUUUGGUACUUACUACUUUAGUGGAGAUAUUAUCACGGAUGAAAACUAAUGUUGAAAUAUGCGACAAAUUAUCGGAUUUGGGAAUCGUUUCAGAUGCGUUUUUAUCAUCAAAUAAUCAUACAUCCGAUGGAUCAUCAUCAUCAGAUAUAGUUGAGGAGAAACCGAUAGCAGAAGAAAAACCAAAAUCUCCAAUAUCAGAAAUAUUAUCAUACCCUAGAUGGAUUGACCAAUUACGGAUGAAAUGGCCCAUAAAUCUAGGUUCGGGUUCAUAAAAAUUAUUUAUGAAACUUAAAUUUGGUUAUAAUUGUAUUUUAACUAUUUUAACUUUGGGUAAUAGUGGGGGAAAACAUGAACUUUAUUUUUAUUCUUGUUAUCAUCUAUAUUAUUAUAUUUUAUCUACCGAUUGGACUUUAAAAAUUAUACAGAUUAUAUUCAUUUUAAAU